AUGGUUUCCAGCGCUUUCAGUAGCGUAGGCCCAGAACUUGCCGCAGUUCUGCCAGCAAACGACAAGCCGUGGUACAGGAAACGAAAUCAAGUUGUCCUCAACUUUUGCCUCAUGAGUCUUUUUCUGUUAUCAUCGGGAAAUGGAUAUGAUGGAACAAUGCUCAAUGGAUUGUUAGCCCUCCCACACUGGCUGUCCUUCAUGGAGCACCCGACUGGCGCGUGGCUCGGCUUUAUUAGCGGCGCCCAAAAUCUCGGCUCCAUCAUAUUUUUCCCCAUUGUUGCAUGGUCAACCAAUCGCCACGGCCGCAAGCCAACAAUCUUCAUGGGCUAUUUCUUCCUCUGCCUUGGUGUUGGCCUGCAGACAGGAGCAACGAGCAUACCAGUAUUUGUGGCUUCACGGGUAGUUGUCGGCAUUGCGAGUGCCUUUUUUGGCGGAAGUGUGCCUCUACUCAUGACUGAGACGGCAUACCCCCCUCAUCGCGGAGUGUUCACUAGCCUCUACAUGUGUGGAUGGUAUGUCGGUUCUUUUGUCGCCGCGUGGUCCACAUUUGGUACACGCAAUUACGACAAUUCCUGGAGCUGGCGCAUCCCAUCGGCACUCCAACUGCUGCUCCCUGUCAUAGUUCUUCCAGGACUGUUCAUGAUACCCGAGUCUCCGCGCUUCUUGGCUUCGAAGGAACGGUACCAAGAGGCUCGCGCCUUUCUUGUCAAGUACCAUGCCGAAGAUGAUGAGACGUCACCACUGGCAACGUUUGAGCUCGAGGAAAUCACGAAAAGUAUUCAGAUGGAUCGCGAGUCCUCGAGAACUAGCUCGAUGAGGCAGACACUCAAUACUCCUGGUAAUCGGAAAAGAAUCUUCAUCACCGUUUACCUUGGAAUAUUCAGCCAAUGGGCAGGUCAAAACGUUGCUGGAUAUUACCUGGUACCAGUGCUCGAUACCAUUGGCAUCACCACCACUACGCAGCAAACUCUCAUCAAUGGGUUCUUGCAAAUUUGGAACCUAGCAUGUGCCUUGAUGGGUGCCUUUAACGUUGAUCGUGUUGGACGUCGUCCCUUGUUUCUUGCCGCAAUUGGAAGCAUGCUUAUUGCUUAUAUUCACAUCACGGCACUUUCGGCCGUCUUUGCGCAGGGAGUGUCACCAGCGGUCGGUACAGCCGUUGUACCGUUUCUUUUUCUCAUGUACGGGUGCUUCUCGUUGGCAUUCACGCCCUUGAUGGUUGCGUACCCCGUCGAGAUUUGGCCCUACACACUGCGAGCACGUGGACUCUCUCUUAUGUGGGUUUCGACUGCCACAGCCGUCUUCUUCAACAUCUUCAUCAACCCUAUUGCACUCGAGGCGAUUGCAUGGAAAUACUACUUGGUAUUUGUGUUCAUUAUUGCUGGGAGCGGUGUAGUCAUCUUCUUCACCUUUCCAGAGACUCGAGGUCAUAGCCUCGAAGAAAUGGCGAGAAUAUUUGAAGGACAAGACACCUUGCUGCCUCGUGAAGAGGCACUAGCUGAAAAGGCCAUUGCAUCUGGAACUGCGGAACAUGUUGAAGUAGAGAGCAGAAGCGUAAAGAGGGACGCGUAG